CUUGCUGUCGAAUCGCUGGAGGGAAGAAGCGCGCCAACCUCUCCGAUGAACGCAAACUAAGCCGCGAGGACACAACGCACUAUGGACUCUGCACCGGCCACAGAUGGCUUUCAAGAUACAUCGGCCCCGGCGGGCGUGCGAUGCCGCCCGGGCCGCCCGCACUAAAACGUGCCCCACCCCUCCCUGCCCUCUCCCAAACACCUUGCAGGAGACGCUAGAUUACCCGCUUCCGCCAUGCUUUCCUCCCUAGUGCGUGCGACAUUGAGCCGUGAUCGCUGGCUCAGGUUCGAACGAUUUCAGUUGCACAAACAGCGUACGGUGCGCGGCGAAGAUCUUUUCGCCCUUGGACUUUCCACAGAACCUCACGGUGACGGCAGAAAUGCACCUGUAGUGUCUAUAUAACUGGUACGGCAAUAAAGCUUCCUGUAUCUUCACGCACGCGCGAACUUCGCGGUGACGUUAAUAAAUGCCGAAAUGUGUCCAGACGGGUUCCCGAGGGAGGAGCACGGCUGCAUGAUGCGUUGUGUUUGACGCUUUCCGGCGGCCGAAGUAGCUCUGUCGUUACAUUUCUUCAGCGCUCAUGGUAUUAACCCCGGCAUUCAUCGCGAGAAGGGUAUAUCAGUAUUUUUUACACAUAUGUCGCCAGUAUAUAUGCAUUUCUAUAACUUUUUUUUGCUGAUUUUCUCGAUAUUCAUAUUGCAAUGGGUGGCGACAUUGUACUACCAUAAGUUCGUUGAAAAGUGUACGCCUUCCGAAUUGCUCUUGUCUUUCAUUUGGGUGUGCAAAUUUGUCAGGUAUUGCUUUGUCGUUGUGCUGGUUUUCAAGCUUAAUAAUAUACACUAAUUUUCUUACUACAUGAAGUACAUAUUUAUUAAUUUUGUCAAUUAUUCCAUACGCUACAAAUAGCGUUCUUUUCUUUCCUUUUUCUUCGCUUCUUUCUUACUUUGUUCUCUAUUUUUAUUUCUUUUCUUUUUCGGAGCAUUAUUGGCGGCGUCCCAGUGUGGCAAGCCAACUCGCGUGCCUUAGCGCACUUACGUGAGAAAAAAAACUUUAUAAAACGAUGACUUAAACUUUUGUAAUCUUUUACUUACCUUUUCUCAGAAUUAUUACAUAAUCUGCAGUUUUUGGAAGUGUAAUAGGUGCGAAGGUACUCACUCCUCCAGGUUGACAAAAUCGUGUUCAAGCGGAAGAAGAAAAAGAGGGAGAACGCCACCACUGAUGUGCCCCUUAAUUUAGAAAUCAGGGAUCGCCACUGUUUCGACGUUUGAUAUUUUGAACUACUGAGAUUAUCGGAGCCCAGGUCAUCCACGCUGUGCCUGGGUAAAUAUUGUAGCUAUGCACGCUGACCACGCUGCUGCCGAUACCGGGGGGUUCGUGCCUGUCAGGUCGGUUGGUUCGGCUGCUUCACCAGCCUCUGUCGGAACUGCCGCUGUCCCGUCGCCAAAGCGCCACAGCCACCACCGAAAGCGUGGAAGGAUGCACCACGAUACAGCGACAACGCCGCAACCCGAAGGCAUUGAUGUAGCGGGAAGGCAAGUGAAGUCUCAACAGUAUAGUGUUCAGGGGAAAAUAUCCCAUGCGAGAAAAUGUACUACCGGUGCUUCCAACGGUUUCUCGAGAGUUUUCAAGCCAUUAAGAAUAAGAUGACUUACCAGUAUGAUUGGCGUGGUGUUUUUUUUUUUUUUUAAGUACGACGAUAUUUUAGUUUAACGGAACGCGUCUGGCUGCAUUCUAGACCGUUCGAUCCGCGGCGCGCUGACCAUGUAGCCAACUCUGCCGAGCACAAGCUACAGCGGUAGGAAGCGCCAGAACCCCCUAUGAAGCGAUAACAUAGGUAAAGUCGACAAGUUCCUUCACAUCAGUCUCGUGGUCGGUACUGUGUUGUUAAGCGAGUGUAUUCUAUACUUAAGUGUGCUGGCGAAGUCUGUGGUGCUCCUAUAAGUCCGAAGUCUGUGCGCCUCCAUUCCUAUACGGAAUUUGCACAUCAUCGACGUUGAUAGAGCGAUGAAGUCGGCUGUAGCUUUACGAAAGGGCAUAUCAGCAAAGCCCACAAUGCCCCCGCCAAAGACGUGUUUAUACGUGCUUAUGUGUGUGGUAAACCUUAUUUUCGUUCGUUCUGAUCCUAAGCAUCUGAACUUUUCUUUCAGCUCCGGGCCAAAUGCAUACAAGUCGCUCGCGAACGUGUCAUCGCCGGCGUCACCAGAGCCGGAAAGUUGUGGACGACACGCUGGCUCGGAGCAGCGGCUCAUCGACAGAUCGCAAGCUCAUCAUUCCACUUCGGAGACAAACAGCGGCCCAUCGUCCAGCUCCAACGCACCGCAGUACAUGCUGCUCGUCGGGGCGGUGGCCACGCUCGUGUUCGUGAUCGUGGUCAAUCUCUCGCUCGACUUCCGGCAGCCGGCGUCUCCGGGGCGUAUGCGGUUCCCUUCGUGCACGAGCGAGACUUGCCGCCACUACGCGCAACUGUUCACCGACUCGAUGAAUCUGAGCGUGUCGGCGUGCGACAACUUUUACUCCCACGUCUGUGGCAGGUGGGACUCUUCCCGGGUGCGCACGGGCGAAGAGAGCAUACUGGUCGAGUCCUGGAAGCGGCUAGCGAGGAGAGUCGGUUCACGGCUGAGCCUGGUUCAAGUUCCCUCGCAAAACCUCGAGCCCAUCCACAGAGCGGCGCGCUACAUUAGGGAGGUAUUCUACUAAACGCAUCCUACACGCAGUCUACUUAAUCGCAAAGGGGAUAUUAAUACCAAUAUACUAGCACAAACUGAAUUGCGUAUUGGUACAUGAAGAAUGAAGAAUAUAAUUUUCCCUUAGUAAAUAUUGUCUGCUUCCUAAUUGUUUUGUCUCUUUUCGCUUUAGAGGGCUUAAAAUGAUAGAAUUAUCAGGUUCCUGUAUGGCAGAACUGGUGCGGCGUUGAGCAAUCUCCAACUAUACCAGCAUUCCUAAUUCCUAGCGCUCUUAAAUAAGUUUCCAGAGAUAUUAUCGCAGCCAUCAUGGGAACAAAGCACCGGCACUAGACUAUUACCUUCGUUCUAAAGCAUUUUUGUGCAUGAUUUUAUUUUAGUUGUACCUGUGGUUGGCCCUAACACAUCCGAAACUUGCACAAUUACGAAUGUACACUUAAGGCCGAUUUUAAGUACGGUUCCGCUUGGUAACAGGAAGUUUUUAUGACUGUUUUUCACCUGUGUAGACAGAAAUGCGCUGUAAAAAAAGAAAUAUGUGGAUGAGCGUUGCAGAUUGUCGAGGUUGCUGACGUGCCGUCGAAUCCCUAUCAGAAGAGUUAAUCAGCGGCAGCCGCUGCGUGAGCCGGCUGCGUUGAUGGCGACGCGAAGCUGGUCUUCGCAUAUUUGAGUAAGCAUGACAAUUGCUUUCUAAUCAAAGCCGAGAAGCUUCAGGUGCAGGACUACUUCAGGCGGCCAUUGUUGGCAAGUGCGCGUAUGCGAU